GCCGCACUGCUCAUUGUCAUUCACCCUUGGGACAGACAGUGUCGGACAGCUAUGGGCGAAUCAGGCGCAAUCCCACAUAUUACCAUGAACGGACCCCAACCUGGCUGACAUCAUUGCGUCUGGCGAUAUAGAUAGAUCGUAGUACCUCCUCCUUCCUCCUCUCAUCCAUUUGGAGCAGCCUGUGUGUAGUCAGUGGCACUUAAUCACAGAGCGCACCAAGGCAGGAGGCGGACCGUCGGGCGUGAACGAAAUAGUAACGGAGAACCGGAGAGGCACCAGUGUGCGGGACAACGCAGGGAGGGAAGAGAAAAAGAAAAGAGGAGCUACCCACUGGACGCUUUCCUAUAGCAACUCCAGCUUUUGCUCCUUUUAUUCAUCCAAAAAAAAAAAAAAAAAACCUCUUCCAUUGGAUCAAGUGUUGCAGCUUUUUCCUUUUUCCUCGACCUUCUCGUUUCGGUCGUCUCUACCGCGCACGACUCCAGUCCUUCAUUGGAGAUGUCCAAAAAAAGACCAUCCGAACCGGACUCCCGGAUGAAAGCGCUAGAAGCUCUGGGCAACAUGUCUCGCCUUCCUUGUUUCUCACCGGAGUCUGUAGAAUGAAGACGGCUUGAGGAAAGUCCAAGCAAAGCGCAAAGAUGUCGGUGCCUUUGCUGAAGAUCGGCGUCGUGCUCAGCACCAUGGCGAUGAUCACCAACUGGAUGUCGCAGACCCUCCCCUCUUUGGUGGGGCUCAAUACCACCAAGCUGACGGCGGCGCAGGGAGGGUAUCCAGACCGGAGCACAGGAGUUUUGCCAGCGAACCCAGAGGAAUCGUGGCAGGUGUACAGUUCAGCCCAGGAUAGUGAGGGAAGGUGUGUCUGCACUGUGGUGGCGCCCCAGCAGUCCAUGUGUUCACGGGAUGCCCGCACCAAACAACUGAGGCAGCUGUUAGAGAAGGUCCAGAACAUGACCCAGUCCAUCCAGGUGCUGGAUCAGCGAACCCAGAGGGACCUGCAGUACGUGGAGAAGAUGGAAGUCCAGCUCCGUGGUCUCGAAACCAAGUUCAGGCAGGUGGAGGAGAACCACAAGCAGAACAUCGCCAAGCAAUACAAGGCCAUAAAAGCGAAAAUGGAGGAGCUUAGACCGUUGAUACCAGUGUUGGAGGAGUACAAAGCCGAUGCCAAAUUGGUAUUGCAGUUUAAGGAGGAGGUCCAGAACUUGACGUCAGUUCUAAGCGAACUUCAGGAGGAGAUGGGGGCCUAUGACUACGAGGAGCUCCACAACAGAGUGUCAAAUCUUGAGGAGAGACUCCGAGCAUGCAUGCAAAAAUUAGCAUGCGGCAAACUGACGGGCAUCAGCGACCCCAUCACUAUCAAGACGUCCGGAUCCAGGUUUGGCUCCUGGAUGACCGACCCCCUGGCACCCGAAGGAGACACACGGGUGUGGUACAUGGACGGUUACCACAACAACCGUUUCGUGCGGGAGUACAAGUCGAUGCAGGACUUCAUGACGUCGGAUAACUUCACAUCCCAUCGGCUGCCCCACCCGUGGUCAGGAACAGGGCAGGUGGUCUACAACGGCUCCAUCUACUUCAAUAAAUUCCAGAGCCACGUCAUCAUCAAGUUCGACUUCCGCACCUCCUCUAUCAGUAAGUCCCGGCAGCUUGAUUACGCCGGCUUCAAUAACGCGUAUCACUACGCCUGGGGAGGCCAUUCUGACAUAGACCUGAUGGUGGACGAAGGAGGCCUGUGGGCUGUCUAUGCCACCAACCAGAACGCAGGAAACAUCGUGAUCAGCAAGCUGAACCCCAACACGCUGCAGAUCAUCAAAAGCUGGACCACCAAUCACCCCAAAAGGAGUGCAGGAGAGUCUUUUAUGAUCUGUGGUACACUCUACGUCACUAACGGCUACUCAGGAGGCACCAAGGUCUACUACGCCUACUCCACCAACUCCUCUACCUACGAGUACAUUGACAUUGCUUUUCAGAAUAAGUACUCGCAUAUAUCCAUGCUGGACUACAACCCACGUGACCGGGCUCUCUACGCCUGGAACAAUGGACACCAGGUCCUCUAUAACGUCACACUGUUCCACGUGAUCCGCUCAGAAGAACUGUAACCACAGAAGAUGGAUUACAUACAUAAAUACAUAUUGUCUGUGUAGAGAUCGCCCUAUAUACAAAAAUAUAUCUGCGAAACUAAAAGACUCUAUGGCAAAGAUUUAUAAUAAGAAAACGUAUAGAAAGAGACUGCAUCAACAGUGAAUGCAAACGGGAUUGAAUGUGCAUAUACAUGACACUGGAAAAAAAAAAAAAAAAAAAGAAGGGUUUCAUUCCAAAAACGUGAUAUAUUUGUUAUAGAAAAAGAAGAUUUAUUAGUUAUAUCACAAGAAUCACAGAUGAUUGUUAAAGAAACCAAACUGUUUUGUAAAUAGAAAUCUUAAUAUGACUUCUAACUUUAACAGUUAUUAUCCAUAGUAGAUAUUAUUUUAAUAGCUGCCAUCAUUUUGACAGAGGUUUUUGAUUUUGGAAUGAAACUCUUUUAACUGUUAGAAAAUGAUUGUAAAAGUAGAUUAAUAUAUCAGAUGUAAAAGAAUAACAACAGAUGCCAAAAAAAUGCAAACAAAGAGAAAAAAAAAUAUCACGCCUUUUUUUUAUAUAAAGGAUUAUCAACCUAAGCUCAUCCCUGUGGCUCCUGUCUUUCUGCAGAAAUCCUCCAAGCUGAACUUUUCUUUUGGUUGAUGGGGGUCCAGAAACGAAGACUGUUGGUAAUAAACUGAUGGAUCCCCUUAUCCCGUGGACAGACAGAAAAGUGGGAGGUCACUCUAGUCAGAAGACUCGUUAGCCCAAUGGGUGUAGUCUGUAAUAUCAUUUUUAUCAAGUACGGUAGCAAAUCAAAAGUCUGUAGAAAACAGCAACAACAAUAAGAACAUCCACUAAAAAGACCUGAAGGCACUGACUGUUGACAGCGCUGUUGUUUGAGAUGAUUUUCCUGUGUUAGUGACUAUGUGUGAAAAAGGCUUUCUUUGCAUGAGUGUUUUCUAUCACUCUGGUCUGCUCUUCUGAAUGUCUUUUGCUGUAUGAUAUUAGAACUACAAAUAAUAAAAAAAAUGAAGGGAGGGAGGGUGGAGAGGGGAACAAGAUAGAAUACCAUUGGGAUUUGAGGAUUUGCAAAAAAAAAAAAAGUGACUUUUUUUGCUUCUUUCUAUUUAGUUGUUGUUUUGUUUUGUUUAGAUUUAUUUCAUUGCUACCUGUUUUUUUUUUUUAUUUCAUUUUUUGGGGUUUUUUAACGUUCGUGUAUCACUGUUGGCACUGGUUUUGCCUCUCUGUAUUUGUUUAUUUGGACUAUGUGGGAGGAAUCUAUCUAGCUCUCAUCUCUCUCAAGAAACAAAGCAACGGAAUGUAUCAAGAAUUGUAUCUUGGGAACCUGGUCCUGAUCCUAUCUUCAGUUCAUAUCAUGCAGCUGUAGCUGGGAGAGGUUUUUUUUCUCUCUCUCUUUUUAUUCUUUUUAUUUUAUUUUUUUUAGAGAAUAAUCCCGUCUCAUGUCAUGCAACCCCCCCCUCCCCACCCACUGCUAGUGAAGGAUGCUGUUUAAAUGUAUACUCCUGCCGAGGACAAAAGCUUUUCACUCUUUUUGCGCUUUGCUGGACAUGUGUUGUAUCUGAGAUGAGAUAGUUAAUGAUUCGUGUCAAUAAAACAGAGAAAUCUGA